AGCGCAUUUCGGGAAGCAGGGCCAGUACCGCGGACAGCACCAGGACCCCGGCCCAGGGUGGGGGAGACAGCAGCACCACGGACAGCACCACCGGGAGCGAGCACUGCGCGCUCUGGGCGGAGGGGCGGGGAUAGGCGGCCUCAUCAGCUGAUGCCUGACGUAGGCUGGAUCCCCACUUUGAGAAGCAGGUCUGGAGGGGCGCGCCGGCGUUCCGCCCCAGAGCCGCGGCCCCAGACGGCGUGGGGCUGGGGCUGGGGCGAUAGCAGGAGGCAGAUCCCCAGAAAAACGGCCCCUGCCUGGCUUCCCUGCACGGGCUUGAGGCUGCAGCCCGCCGCCCGGAGGGGCGAGGAGGGAGCGGACGCGCAGCGCAAGUCCUGCUCUGACGCACCAGCACCCCUCCGGCACCCACAGGCUCCGGAGGCGCCAGCUGCCCCCCGACUCGGGAGAUGCUCAGCUCUGGGUGACCAGACUGCUGUCCGUGCCGCGGGGAAAAGCCCCGGCAAGUGACGGCUUCGGAGGGCCCCGGCUGCGCUGCGAGACGCAGCCCAGCAGCCUCGUCUCAGCCACCCCGUCUCCCGCGUGUGCUCGCUGGCAGGAGGUUUCGGAAACAAUCCCCAGAAACCCCGCCACCAGCCAGAGGUCGCAAACACCCCGAGUGGCUCCGGGCGCAGGGGCCACGACUGUCUUCCCGAACGCCCCUUCUGCACGCACCCCGGGCCGGUCUCCUGACCCAGCGAUGGAUUCACCUGUGAACCUAACCUAUUUUUUUCUCUCCACCCCCGCCCCUUCGGAGACCAACCACAGCAGCCUUGACGCCGAAGACCCGCGCCCCAGCCCGCCCCUCCACUCUGUCUUCGGUGUGCUUGUUCUGACCUUGCUGGGCUUUCUGGUGGCUGCGACGUUCUCCUGGAACCUCCUGGUACUGGCGACCAUCCUCCGUGUGCGCACCUUCCACCGGGUUCCGCACAACUUAGUGGCGUCCAUGGCCAUCUCGGACGUGCUCGUGGCGGCUCUGGUCAUGCCGCUGAGCCUGGUGCAUGAGUUGUCCGGCCGGCGCUGGCAGCUGGGUCGGCGGCUGUGCCAGCUGUGGAUCGCGUGCGACGUGCUCUGCUGCACCGCCAGCAUCUGGAAUGUGACCGCCAUCGCGCUGGACCGCUAUUGGUCCGUCGCGCGUCACCUGGAAUACACGCCCCGCGCCCGCAAGCGCAUCUCCAAUGUGAUGAUCGUGCUCACCUGGGCACUCUCCGCGGUGAUCUCGCUGGCGCCGCUGCUCUUCGGCUGGGGGGAGACAUACUCGGAGCGCAGCGAGGAGUGCCAGGUGAGCCGCGAGCCCUCCUACACCGUGUUCUCCACCGUGGGCGCCUUCUACCUGCCGCUCUGCGUGGUGCUCUUCGUGUACUGGAAGGUCUACAAGGCCGCCAAGCUCCGCGUGGGCUCCAGGAAGACCAACAGCGUGUCACCCUGGCCGGAGGCUGUGGAGGCGAAGACCCCUGCGCCGCAGCCCCAGAUGGUGUUCACCGUGCGCCACACCACUGUCACCUUCCAGACAGAAGGGGACACGUGGAGGGAACAGAAGGAGCAGAGAGCUGCCCUGAUGGUGGGCAUCCUCAUCGGGGUGUUCGCGCUCUGCUGGCUGCCCUUCUUCACCACGGAGCUCAUCGGCCCUCUCUGCGCCUACGACAUCCCUGCCGUCUGGAAGAGCAUCUUCCUUUGGCUCGGCUACUCCAACUCCUUCUUCAACCCGCUCAUCUACACAGCGUUCAACAAGAACUAUAACAGCGCCUUCAAGAACUUCUUUUGUAGGCAACACUGAGCGGGAGGCCUGGGGAGGAGGGACAAGAUCCUCGAACUCAGUGAGAUUUCCAGCUCCAUCUGCUUCCCCGUCCCUACCAUGGACCCCUUCCACAUGGAAGAGGCAUGUCCUCCAGGCUCUCCGGGGUCAUCUUCAGAACUAGCCCUCACUUCCCCACUCCGAGGUAGGAAUGUGGGUCUUCACAGGCAGCUUGGGUGCCCUUUUUUUUUCUUUUACAAUUUUUUUUUAAAAGAUUUUAUUUAUCUGACAGAGAGAUCACAAGUGGGCAGAGAGGCAGGCAGAGAGAGAGGAGGAAGCAGGCUCCCCACUGAGCAGAGAGCCCGAUGCCGGGGCUCCAUCCCAGGACCCUGAGAUCAUGACCUGAGCCACCAAGAUGCCCCUGGGUGACCUUCUUGAUCUAACUUAAUCUGUUAUUGUUCACUCUGCACCUAACAGCCACAGACUUUGCCCACAAAAUGCCCUCCCCCUCCCCCCAGUCCACUCCAGCCUGGCCGUCGUCCUGGCCCCAGAGCAGUCAUACAAGGUAAACGAGAGGAAGGAAAUCAAGCAACGUGGCUAGAAAAUGAUGGAGAAGAAGUCAGAACGGGGACACCAGAGGGGCAGGAAACCAGAAUUCCCAGUUUUCUGGUAGAGUCCCUAACUUGAAAUUUCGUUCUAUGGUCCUGGUAAGUAUACCCUAGUACUUACUGUGUACGUCCCAGUGUUUGGCUACAAGAUAUUGUCUCUAACCCUAUUGAAGUGCAUAGCCACAGCACAGCAGCUGUGAAUAUUGGCUUUAAGACUUUGUGGCAACCACA